GACCGCCCCUAGACCCCACCGCGCCCGGCCCCUGCAAGUGUCCCGGGGGGCUCCCGCCCCGGCCAUCGAGGGAGCAGCCGACCUCGCCCAGCCCCGAGGUGCCGGACCACCCUCCCCUGAGCAGAGCGCCGCGGGCCUCGCCGCCCGCCCCCGCGGGGAGCCUCCGGACAGCGCGUCCCUCCGCCUCGGCCUUCCAGCCGGCCCCGGCUCCGGCCUCGUCCGCCUCCGCGUCCACGUCCCCUGGUCCGAGCCGGAGAUGCGCCGGCCGGGCCUCUAGCCCUCGCCCCUCCUCGCUCCCGGUCGGCCAUGGAGAGCUACGAGGCCCGCUCGGCAGCCAGCAUCCUGGCCUCGGUGCGAGAGCAGGAGACGAGGUUCCUGCAGCUGAGCCGCGCCCUGGAGGAGGAGCGGCACCGCGCGGCCCCGGCCCUCCGGCCCACCGCCGCCAACGGCCGCCCGCCGCCCACCGCCUGGCAGCAGCUCGUCCUGCAGGAGCAGAGCCCCGGCGGCCAGACGUCCAUGGCCGCGAUGCAGGAGCCGCAGGAGACCGUGGAGGAGACGGUGACCGUGGAGGAGGACCCCGGGACGCCCACCUCGCACGUGUCCGUCGUCACGUCGGAGGACGGGACCACGCGGAGGACGGAGACCAAGGUGACUAAGAUGGUCAAGACGGUGACCACGCGGACGGUGCGCCAGGUGCCGGUGGGCCCGGACGGGCUGGCCCUGUUGGACGGCUGCCCCUCGCUGGGCGGCUGCACGGACUCCGUGGACCGGCGCUUCCCCAAGAACGGCGAGCGCUACCUCCCCGCUCAGCCCGCCUCCUCCUCCACGCUGGGCCGCGCCUUCCGCCCCGGCUACGGGGACGUCGGCUACGGGGACGCGGGCUACGGGGACGCGGGCUACGGCGAGGCCCCCGACGGGCCGCCCGACGCCUACGGCAGCCUCUCCCGCGGCCUCCGCUUCCGGCCCCGCUACGCCGCCUACGGCAACGGCCCCCGCCUGGAGGACGGCAGCUUCACGCUGCCCGGCCGGCGGGAGCCGGGGGGGCCGCGGCCCCAGGCCCCGGCGGCCGGCGGGCCGGACCCCGCGGGCCUGAACCGCUCGCAGCCGGAGCGCUUCCAGCCCGAGCCCUACGGCCUGGAGGAUGACAACCGCAGCCUGGCGGGCGCGGAGGACGAGACCUACGAUCUGGACGCCGACUACUCCACCGUCAGCCGCAGGCCGCCCGCCGACCGGGCCCGGGCGCACGGGCCCAGGGCGGACCCGAACGCGGCGUCGGAGGGGCAGCUCCCGUUCCUCGCCGGCGGCCCCGCGGCGCCCCUGGCCCAGCCGGAGCGGGGCAGCCUGGCCAGCGUGGAGCGGCCGGGCGAGCGCUCCCCGUCCCUGGACAGCGCCCGCAAGGACGCCCGCUGGCGCGACCCCGAGCUGCCCGAGGUCAUCGCCAUGCUGCGCCACCCGCUGGACCCGGUCAAGGCCAACGCGGCGGCCUACCUGCAGCACCUGUGCUACGAGAGCGAGGCCACCAAGCGGGACGUGCGGCGGCUGCAGGGCGUCCCGGCCCUGGUGGUCCUGCUGGGCCACCCCCGGGCCGAGGUCCACCGGCGGGCCUGCGGGGCCCUGCGCAACCUCAGCUUCGGCCGCGACGGCGGCAACAAGGCCGCCAUCCAGGCCUGCCGCGGCGUCCCCGCCCUCGUCCACCUGCUGCGGCGCACCGCCGACCCGGAGGUGCGCGAGCUCGUCACCGGCACGCUGUGGAACCUGUCGUCCUACGAGCCCCUCAAGAUGGAGAUCAUCACCCACGGCCUGCAGACCCUCACCGACGAGGUCAUCAUCCCCGACUCGGGCUGGGAGAGCGAGCCCAACGAGGACUCCAAGCCGCGAGAAGCCCGGUGGACCACCCUCUUCAAGAACACGUCCGGCUGCUUGAGGAACGUGAGCUCGGACGGGGCCGAGGCGCGCCGGAAGCUGCGGGAGUGCUCCGGUUUGGUGGACGCCCUGCUCCACGCCCUGCUGUCCGCCGUGGGCAAGAAGGACACGGACAACAAGUCGGUGGAGAACUCGGUCUGCAUCAUGCGCAACCUCUCGUACCACGUGCACAAAGAGGUCCCGGGAGCGGAGCGGUACCGGGAGCCCGAGGCCCGGCGCGCCGCCGCCGCCCAGAGGAAGAAGAAGGAAGACGUCAGCUGCUUCGGGGGCAAGAGAGCCAAAGAGGAGUGGUUCAGUAAAGGGAAGAAGCUGGCCGGGCCGGACCGCACCUUCGACACCCUCGACUCGCCCAAGCGCACGGAGGCCGCGAGAGGCUUCGAGCUCCUGUACCAGCCGGAGGUGGUGCGCCUCUACCUGGCCAUCCUCACCGGGUCCCGGAACCUCAACACCCUGGAGGCGGCCGCCGGCGCCCUGCAGAACCUCAGCGCCGGAAACUGGACGUGGUCCACGCGGAUCCGGGCGGCGGUGCGGAAGGAGAGGGGGCUGCCCGUGUUGGUGGAGCUCCUGCAGUCGGACUCGGACAAGGUGGUGCGGGCCGUGGCCAUCGCCCUCCGGAACCUCUCCUUGGACCAGAGCAACAAGGACCUCAUAGGCGUGUACGCCAUGCGGGAGCUGGUGAGGAACCUGGCGGCGCGGGAGCAGAGGCCGGCCAAGGCCCUGGAGGAGGACACGGUGGUGGCCGUGCUGAACGCCAUCCACGAGGCCGUCACCGACAGCGCCGAGAACGCCCGCACCCUGGUCCACACCCAGGGCGUCCAGAACCUGGUGGCCAUCAGCAAGACCAGCCCGUCACCGAGGGAGACCAAGGCGGCGGCCCACGUCCUGCAGGUGGUCUGGAGCUACAAGGAGCUGCGCGGCGCCCUGCUGAAGGACGGCUGGAACAAGUCCCAUUUCCAGUCGGCCCUGCCGAGCGCACCCGGGGGCCCCCGGGGCUCGGGCCAGGCGGCCUACGACGACAGCACUCUGCCUCUGGUGGACAAGAACCACGACGAGAGGGCCGCGGGCCGCGACGGGAUCCCCGUGGACGAGCUGGGCCCGGACGGCUACUCCACCAUCGACCACCGGGACAGGGGCCACAGAGCCAGAGCCGGGGCCCCCGCCGACGGCAAGGGGCCCCUAAAGAGCGAGCCCCCGGGCAGGGCCCCGGCCGUCGGCCCGCCGGACCCCCGGGACCCCCGGCCGCAGCCGGUGGACUCCUGGGUGUAGCCAGCCGGGCCGGGCUGAGCGUCCCGGCCCCCCGCGCCGCGUUUUCGGGGUGAAGAGGAGCGGGGGGGUCCCGGGACCCCGGCGUCCCCGAGGGGCUUCGACCGGGACCUCGGCCUUCCCGACGGACACUGCCGCCCCACCGCCCCGGCCCCCUCCCCGGGAUCGCCC